GAGAGAGGCCGGGCAGGCGGCGGGCGGCGCGGCUCUCAACCUGGUUGACCGAGCGACCCUCGAGCGGACGGACGGACCGGCGGACGGCGGAGGCGGGAGUCAGGAGCUGCGCUGCGCGACGCCGAAGACCAGCGCGUCGGGCUCCGCGGCCGCCGCUCGGUCGGUGUGCUGAAUGAAGCUCCCGCCCCGCUGAGCCCCGAGCCCGGCGCGUUCCCCGCAAGAUGGACGGUUUCGCCGGCAGCCUCGAUGAUAGUAUUUCUGCUGCAAGUACCUCUGAUGUUCAAGAUCGCCUCUCAGCUCUUGAGUCACGAGUUCAACAACAAGAAGAUGAAAUCACUGUUCUAAAGGCAGCUUUGGCUGAUGUUUUGAGGCGGCUUGCAAUCUCUGAAGAUCAUGUAGCCUCAGUGAAAAAGUCUGUGCCAAGUAAAGGCCAGUCAAGCCUUCGAGAAGCUAUUUCCAUGUCCUGUAUAACCAAUGGAAGUGGUAUAAAUAGGAAACAGAAUCACAACAGCUCUGUGUCGAUAGCAAGAAAAGAAACUCUUUCUUCUGCUGCUAAAAGUGGUACAGAGAAAAAGAAAGAAAAGCCACAAGGACAGAGAGAAAAAAAAGAGGAAUCUCAUUCUAAUGAUCAGAGCCCACAAAUCCGAGCGUCACCUUCUCCCCAGCCCUCCUCACAGCCUCUCCAAAUAAACAGGCAAACUCCAGAGAGCAAGAGUUCUCCCACCAAAAGCAUAAAACGGCCACCAGCAGCUGAAAAGUCACAGAACUUGUGGGAAAAUUCAGAUGACAGUCGCAAUAAAUUAUUGAAAACUGUUUCAACAUCAAAAAUAAUAUCAAAGGUUAUAAAAAAUACAGACAAACAUAAAGAUGUCAUCAUCAAUCAAGCAAAAAUGUCAACCCGUGAAAAAAACAGCCAAGAAGGAGAAUAUAUUAAAAUGUUUAUGCGAGGUCGGCCGAUUACGAUGUUCAUCCCUUCGGAUGUUGACAACUAUGAUGAUAUCAAAACGGAACUGCCUCCUGAGAAGCUCAGACUGGAGUGGGCAUAUGGUUAUCGAGGAAAGGAUUGUCGAGCAAAUGUUUACCUGCUUCCCACAGGGGAGAUAGUUUAUUUUAUUGCAUCAGUAGUGGUACUAUUUAAUUAUGAGGAGAGGACUCAGCGACACUACCUGGGUCAUACAGACUGUGUGAAAUGCCUUGCUAUACAUCCUGACAAGAUUAGAAUCGCAACUGGACAGAUAGCUGGAGUGGACAAGGAUGGAAGGCCUCUGCAACCCCAUGUCAGGGUGUGGGAUUCAGUAAGUCUGUCCACACUGCACAUUAUUGGACUUGGAACUUUUGAGCGUGGAGUAGGAUGCCUGGAUUUUUCAAAAGCAGAUUCAGGUGUUCAUUUAUGCGUUAUCGAUGACUCCAAUGAACAUAUGCUUACUGUAUGGGACUGGCAAAAAAAAUCAAAAGUAGCAGAGAUAAAGACAACAAAUGAAGUUGUUUUGGCAGUGGAAUUCCACCCAACAGAUGCAAAUACCAUAAUAACAUGUGGUAAAUCUCACAUUUUUUUCUGGACCUGGAGUGGCAAUUCACUAACAAGAAAACAGGGAAUUUUUGGGAAAUAUGAAAAGCCAAAAUUUGUUCAGUGUUUAGCAUUCUUGGGGAAUGGAGAUGUUCUCACUGGAGACUCAGGUGGAGUCAUGCUUAUCUGGAGCAAAACUACCAUAGAGCCCCCUCCUGGGAAAGGACCUAAAGGUGUCUAUCAGAUCAACAGACAAAUCAAAGCUCACGAUGGCAGUGUGUUCACACUUUGUCAGAUGAGAAAUGGGAUGCUAUUAACUGGAGGUGGGAAAGACAGAAAAAUAAUCUUGUGGGAUCAUGACCUGAACCCUGAAAGAGAAAUUGAGGUUCCUGAUCAGUACGGCACAAUUAGAGCUGUUGCAGAAGGAAAGGCAGAACAAUUUUUAGUAGGUACAUCACGAAACUUUAUUUUACGGGGAACAUUUAAUGAUGGCUUCCAAAUAGAAGUACAGGGUCAUACAGAUGAACUCUGGGGCCUCGCGACACAUCCUUUCAAGGAUUUGCUCUUGACGUGUGCUCAGGACAGGCAGGUGUGCAUGUGGAACUCGGUGGAGCACAGACUGGAGUGGACCAGGCUUGUGGAUGAACCAGGCCACUGUGCGGACUUCCAUCCAAGCGGUACAGUGGUGGCCAUCGGAACACACUCGGGCAGGUGGUUUGUUCUAGAUGCAGAAACAAGAGAUUUAGUGUCAAUCCACACGGAUGGGAACGAGCAGCUCUCUGUGAUGCGCUACUCAGUCGAUGGUACUCUCCUCGCUGUAGGAUCUCAUGACAACUUUAUUUACCUCUACGCAGUCUCAGAAAAUGGAAGGAAAUAUAGUAGAUACGGAAAGUGCACUGGACAUUCUAGCUACAUCACACACCUUGACUGGUCCCCAGACAAUAAGCAUAUAAUGUCUAACUCGGGUGACUACGAGAUAUUGUACUGGGACAUUGAGAAUGGCUGCAAGCUAAUCAGGAACCGAUCCGGUUGUAAGGACAUCGAUUGGACGACGUACACCUGUGUGCUAGGCUUCCAAGUCUUUGGUGUGUGGCCGGAAGGAUCCGAUGGGACAGAUAUCAAUGCACUGGUGCGAUCCCACAACAGAAGGGUGAUAGCUGUGGCUGAUGAUUUCUGUAAAGUUCACCUGUUCCAGUAUCCCUGUUCCAAAGCAAAGGCUCCCAGUCACAAGUACAGUGCCCACAGCAGCCAUGUGACCAACGUCAGUUUUACCCAUAAUGACAGUCACCUAAUUUCAACUGGUGGGAAAGAUAUGAGCAUCAUUCAGUGGAAGCUCGUGGAAAAGUUACCUUUGCCUCAAAAUGAGGUCCUAACAGACACCAGUUUAGCCAAAGCCACCGCCUCUUCCACUGAAAAUGCCAGGCAGUCUAACCCUCCUCCACUGCCUCCUUCCCAACCGUUAACUGAGACAGUAGAAGAAGAAAGCAGAAUAAGCAGCUCUCCCACGCUUGUGGAGAACAGUCUGGAGCAGACUGCGGAGCCCAGCGAGGAACAGAGUGAGGGGGCCAGUGAAGACCUUGGUGCGGUGAUUGAUGAAGAGCCUGCCAGUGAGCUAGGCGAGCAGCAGGGAGCAACCACCCUGCCUGAGGACGAGCAAGGCGCAGCAGUGGUGUGCUGAAGCUUAGGCUGCAGCGCCCCCUUGGCUGCCCGAGGUGUGAUGGAGCAGAAACAGGGUGGGCAGGGAUGGGGAACCCCUGUGAGUGGAGGUCUGUUUCCCAUGUGAUCAGAUGUUCUUCAGCAGUCUGACCUGCCAUCUGUGAGCUAGAGCAACCCAAAAGAUUGUUUGGUAGAUGUUGAAAACUUAACCAAACUUAAAUAGCAGUGACAGGUGAGUGUGUCCAAAAGAUCACCAUGUGUGGUGUGAAUACUGGAAACAAAACUGCAUCCGUACCAUCGAAAUCAACCCAUUAUCUGAACGUGAUUUCCUCAGAGCGGCUGGAAGCAUCGCGGCGCCAUCGCUCAUCUGCCGGCUCGGACUGCCUUUUCUCCUGGUGCAGAGAAAGAAAGCAGGAGAAAGUGCUCUUAUUGUGAUACUGUCCCACUCAGAUCUAACGGGAACUUUUUAAUUAAGGAAAACUUCAGUAUUGCCAAGUGCGAUGGUGUUGCCUUUUUGUGUGAUACUGCAUUUUCUUACACUACCGUAGAUGUCCAGAUGUGCUUGUUAGGCUACUCUCUAGGUGCUGCCUUUUCUAAGUUAUAACAAGGAACAGCCCUCAGUGUCUUGUGUACAGAUUAUCCCGGAAGCAAGCCUUUUUUCGCAGAAAAGCUUUUAGUGUAUAUUAAACCGUGAUUCUGAGAGAUGGUCGAUUCUCCAAGGAGCCCUUCCCUGGCCUAAACACUCUCUAAUGUUUGGUGUUCAAGGGGACGGAAGAAAAAAGCCGCAAGCCUUUAAAACAUGAGCUGUAACGGCGGCCUGCGAACUGACGCCCUCGCCUUCAGCACUUCCGUUCCUCAGCACAAGUAUACGCACAGUAGUUUCCCUGCUUGCAUUGGUGCUUGAAAUUUACUGGUCUAGUUAUAAUUUUAAUACAAAGUAAUUACACCGAGGGAUAAGAUGUCUUUCUGACAGACACAGCAUUGCUUGUAGGUUGUACCCUUUGCAGAUGUGCUGUCUGUGGGCAUUUUCCUCCUCCUGUGAGCCCUGCACCCUGGUAUGGCGAGCUUUGGUUUGGGCAGUGCAUGUGUUGGUAUACAUGGGUAAGCUGGGCUUUUUCAAGUUUUGUCAGAUAACUAUUUUUCUUAAGUAUAUGUUUCCUACUUAAAUUGCUGAUAAGUGUGCAUUUCUUAUGUUCGUUUAUACUUUGAUUACAAAAACUAUUUUUUUAACUUGCUACGUUGUUCUCAUACUUUUUGUUGUUGGAUUAUGUUUAGAAACUUUUCGUAAGUUCAGAGGUCUUAAGUAUGGAAACGUUCCCGUGAUUGUGCCAUUCCAACGUGCAUCAGCACUGUCUUCCCUUCUAGCGUCUUCUCAGGGGUAACGCAUGUCAGGCAUGUCAUCACCGCUUGGAAAUACGACAGCUCCAGUGAACUCCAGGACACUCAGGCUCACACGCUGCAUGGAACGGUGUGUGUGGAAGGACGAGCGGAGAGCUGUGUAUCUCUAAAGAAGAUGCACACAUCAGAUGUUCAGUGUAAGUCUUCUUUGUCCAGGGUUAGGUCCGUGUGUAUUUCUCUCUUUUUGUUUACAACUUUUUUUUUAAUUAAGGAAAAAAAAAAAAAGCUCACCUCAAACUAGCUCUCUUCCAAAGAGGAGAUUCCAAGCCACCUGACUUUUUCAGUUCAUUCUGUACCCAGAUGUCAGAGAAUACAACUUCAGGCAUAUGUCCACAAGCCAGUAGUGGAGAUGAAAUCAAGUUCUUGCAAAAAGGAUACUAGGAGAUGAACAAGCAAUUCAAGGAGAAGAAAGUACACUUCUUUCUGUGCCUGGAGCUACAGCUCUCCACAAGCAGGGACUUUCUCUUUCACCUUUAGGUUUUCUGUGUACAGUGAGAUUUAGAAUCAUGAUACUCUUGGGUGGUAGUUUCCAAAGACACUACUAAUGCGCAGAGAACGUUCCAGCCUCCGGUGCUGGCAACUACUGUUUCAUGUCAGUCAGAUCUGUGACAAUGGUUGGAAGGAUGUGGGAUUAUGAAAUUGUAAUUGUUUUUUUAUUUUAGAAAAACUUGUGAAUGAAAAUGAACCCAAGUGUUUCAUGUGAAGAUGAGCCACUUCUAUCAUGCAUUCCGAUGUCAUGGCAGAAAAUUUUGAAGAUUAAAAAUUAAGAUAAUCAAAA